AUGCAAACUUCUAACAACUCACAGAAUUCUAUCGCAUUCAAUAUGUCAUCGACGGUUCCAAUCUAUGUCGCAAUUAGCAUCGGCGAUGGUGUUUAUAAACAUUGGGGUGUUUCCAUCGAUGCGCCCCGAGAAGAAGACAAAAUUUUCCUUCAGGUAGCGGGUUCAGAUGGUCGAUUCCGCUAUGAGAUGGAAACCACAGAUGUCCGACUAUCGGAAAGGCUAGUGGAGUUGCUCCCCCUAUAUGAUGUGGAUGUCGCCAAAAUCGACUCCAUCAAGACUGUCGCUAGUCAGGUCACUGUUCACAAUGAGAUCCGAGGCUGGAAUUGCCAAGACUACGUGCUUGAUCUUCUAGAGGCACUAGAAAAAGAAGCGAUAGUGAACAGCAAAGACGCGGGGUACAAGAAGCAGAAGAAUUUGCUUCAGAAGAAGCAGGAAGGGCUGGCAUAG